UGGCACUUGGAGCAGGAAGGCUCGCACAGAAAUGCCGCCCGAUGGUGGUAACGGGGACUCUGGAGCUUGCCGCGGGGGCCCAGGUCUCACACCCGUGGUCUCCUUCGCUAAUGGCCCCAUUUGAGAGCUGGAGGGCCCAGCACAGAGAGGGACCCCGACCGUCAUGUUAAGGUAAAGCAGAGAGGCUCAGUGCUGAACAUGCUAAGGAGGCUGGACAAAAUCAGGUUCAGAGGUCACAAGAGAGAUGACUUCCUCGAUCUAGCAGAGUCUCCAAAUGCCUCGGACACUGAAUGCGGAGAUGAAGUUCCCCUGAGAAUACCUCGGACCUCGCCCCGGGACAGUGAGGAGCUGAGGGACCCUGCUGGUCCGGGGACCCUCAUCAUGGCUGCAGGAGUCCAGGACUUUAACCGGACAGAGUUUGACCGAUUAAAUGAGAUCAAAGGUCACCUGGAGAUCGCCUUAUUGGAAAAGCACUUCUUACAGGAGGAGCUCCGCAAGCUGAGGGAAGAAACCAACUCGGAGAUGCUUCGGCAGGAGCUGGACCGGGAGCGGCAGCGGCGGAUGGAGCUGGAACAGAAGGUCCAGGAGGUGCUGAAGGCCAGAACCGAGGAGCAGACGGCUCAGCAGCCUCCGAAGGGGCAGGCCCAGGUCAAUAACGGAGCAGACCGGCGGAGCCAGGGGCUGUGCCCCCGUGUCCAGAAGUGGUUCUACGAGAAGUUUGGGGAGUACGUGGAAGACUUCCGGUUCCAGCCCGAGGAGAGCACGGUGGAGACGGAGGAGCCCCUCAGCGCCCGGAGGUUGACGGAAAACAUGAGGCGACUAAAGCGUGGUGCCAAACCCGUCACCAGCUUCGUGAAGAACCUCUCUGCCUUAUCAGACUGGUACUCCGUCUACACGUCCGCCAUCGCCUUCACCGUGUACAUGAAUGCCGUGUGGCAUGGCUGGGCCAUCCCCAUGUUCUUAUUUCUAGCAAUUCUGAGGUUAUCCCUCAAUUACCUCAUAGCCAGGGGCUGGAGGAUACAGUGGAGCAUCGUGCCUGAAGUGUCUGAGCCCGUGGAGCCUCCAAAGGAGGACCUGACUGUGUCUGAGAAGUUCCAGCUCGUCCUGGAUGUCGCCCAGAAAGCCCAGAACCUCUUUGGCAAGAUGGCCGACAUCCUGGAAAAGAUCAAGAACCUGUUCAUGUGGGUCCAGCCUGAGAUCACGCAGAAGCUGUACGUCGCUCUGUGGGCCGCCUUCCUCGCCUCCUGCUUCUUCCCCUACCGCCUGGUGGGACUGGCCCUGGGACUCUACGCCGGGAUCAAGUUUUUCCUCAUCGAUUUUAUCUUCAAACGCUGCCCGAGACUGCGAGCCAAAUAUGACACCCCCUACAUCAUCUGGAGGAGCCUGCCCACCGACCCGCAGCUCAAGGAGCGUUCCAACGCCGCUGUGUCUCGCCGGCUGCAGACGGCCUCCUCGCGGAGCUACGUGUCCAGCGCGCCCGCUGGCCUGAGCAAGGAUGAGGACACCGGUCGCUUCCACGGUACCAAGAAAGGCAAUUUCCACGAGAUCUUUAACCUGACAGAGAACGAGCGGCCGCUGGCGGUGUGCGAAAACGGCUGGCGCUGCUGCCUGAUUAACCGGGACCGGAAGAUGCCCACAGACUACAUCCGCAACGGGGUCCUGUACGUGACGGAGAAUUACCUGUGCUUCGAAAGCUCCAAAUCCGGUUCUUCCAAGAGGAACAAAGUCAUCAAGCUGGUGGACAUCACAGACAUCCAGAAGUACAAGGUCCUCUCUGUCCUCCCGGGGUCAGGCAUGGGGAUUGCCGUGUCAACGCCAUCAACCCAGAAACCGCUGGUGUUUGGUGCCAUGGUGCAUAGAGACGAGGCCUUCGAGACCAUUUUCAGCCAGUACAUGAAGAUCACAGCCGCAGCCGCGUCUGGUAGUGACAGCUAGUGUCCGUUCUUCCGGGAUUCGCUGGAAGGCUUUUUGUUGUUGUUGCUUUGGUUUCUUGUUUGUCGUUUGUUUUUUUAACGAUUUGAUGGUGGAACCACUUUGGACAUCCUCCUGAUCCUUUGCAAUAAUUCCCCUCGAUCUGUGGUUUCUGUUGUGUUUACCCUGCGUCUUACGGACCCUUCACGCAGGGGUUGGGGCCCGCAGACAGCGCCAGCCCAUCUGACGGGUGAGGCGUGUCCCACGACCGCGUGGACACGGAGGCAGGGGAUCAUCGGAGGCCCGUGGAACGGAGGACACGCAGGACGCGCCGGCCCCAGCCACCGCCGAGCGCAGCGGCUGUUUCUGAGCCCCCGCCUGGCCAGAGCCCCCGCGCCAGCCGCGCACCCAGCCCUCCGGAGGCUGAAGCUCUUCCACACCAGAAGCCAUAGCUAAGGAACAAGCACUCCCUCCUCCUGGGGGUGAAGGACGUCUGUGACGAGCAGCUCAGAGGCCCCUUCACCGACUGCCAGCCGGAACGGGUCUUUCCUCUGGCGAGACCCCCAGCCGCGCGUCCUCAGGGCGAGAUCUGGGCCGGGGGUGCGGCCCCGUCCGGCUUCAGCUCUGUGCUGCCCUUCGUGGGGGAAGCGAGGCUGGCUGGGCCGGGGCCCCCCGCCCCCACCCCCACCCCGUCCUGACGAGCCCCCGGGAGUCCCGGGCGUGGUAACCGCUGCGGAUUCAGAGUGAUGUGCCGCAGAAGCACAUCUUUUUAACGCUUUGCCCUUUGGAGAGCCCCGCAGAACGCGUCCCAAGACCUUUGGGGGCACCCCAAGCCGUGGUUGCUCUCAGACGGAUAUCAGCCGCUGCGUGGCUGGCGCUGCCCUCCGGACGAGGGAGGGGGUUCUGGGGUGGGCGGGGGCGGACAGGAGCGGCCGGGCUUGCGGCUGGUCUGCCCCGGGGAGCCGUACGGGGAUGCUCCGGAGGGCACCGGCUCGAGGGAGUGGCCGUGAGCGGAGCCCGGAGGUUUGGGGCCGGGCGGUCUGCACCCCUGACGUCUGAUGGUGUCCUGGUGGGCACACAGCUGUGCUGGCACACGCUCGGGGGGGGUGAGGGUGAGCUGGCACCGGUCUGCCCCCCCCCCCCCCGACGCCUGGGGAAGCCAGCGCUCCUGUGGCCGGGGGCGGGGAUGGUGCCGUGUGGGGACAGGCCUGUGACGUCUGUGAAGGACAGGCUGAGAUCGUGGCGGUCAGCGCACUUCCGACUCGACUACUCCAGCUCCUUGGCUUGUCCUGAGUCCUUUUGGGUGUCACUGGGAUUGUUUUUUGAAGAAACAGAAGAUUAUAUUUUUUACAGAGAGCAAGCUGUUUUUCUUAUUUUUGUAUCAUUUUUCAGAUGUAAUUUUUACCUUUGCUCUAAUCCUAAUUUGCUGGUUUGGGUGAGACCCGGUGGCAUCGCUCACGUCCCCCCCCCCGCCCCCGCUUCCCGGGGGACCGUAGGGCCACGCUCCGGGGCCCGGGCAGCGCCUCCGGGGGGCUCAGCCGACCAGCCUGAUGAAGCACACCCCCGACCCAGUCGGUGAGAUCUGAGGGCGCCCAUGGCACCCACCAGCUCCGGCCGUGCUGUUGACGGGACCCUGCGGGCCGCCCUUCCCUAACAACGGAGGCGGAGCCCGCCGUAAACCUUGGCUUUGGCUGCCGCGCAGCUGGACCGGCUCUCGUGGCCCCGUGGAGGUUUAGGGCACACCUGGGGACCCCCCCCCACCCCGGCAGAUCCUCCCUCAGCGCCCGAGGCACAUGGGGACAGGCUGCAGGGCGACCCCCGGGGCCGCCAAGGGGUCGGUGUGUGGCCUGUCCGCGGGGUGGCCUCGCCCUCCUCGGCAGAGGGGGUGGUUUGGUUCGAGUCCCUUUUGAGGAGAAAGGGCGAUGACAACUGACCACGUGCCGAGCGCGGCCCCGGGGGGCACCGGGUUCUGUGGGCGCCCAGGCCCCGCCGGGAGGAAGGCGGCUCCGGGCCUCCUGGCAGAGCGAGCCGUCGUUUCUAUCGAAUUGUGUAAAUCUGGGCAGAUACUGCGUUUCUAGGACUGAUCGCUGAACUAGAAGGAAUGUUACGUUUUCUACGUCUGAAGCUCGAGUCUAUUUUGGAUCUGUAAAUAGUCGUUACUGCUGUCAUUUUUGUUCAACGAGAGGAUUGUACUGUAUGAAGAACCAAUGAAAAAUCCCCUGUAACGUUUUUUUAAGAAAACUGUUUGUUUAAAGAAGUCUUGUAUAAAUUAUAAUUUUUAUUUAAAUAAA